AUGCAAUUCACGCCGGAAGUCGAUACCAACCUGGCACAGCUAUUUACACCCGAAGGUGACGAUGAUCUCGCAAAUAGGCUCCGUAUCUUGGGAGCUUAUCUUGACAUUGGGAUAGAUGCAUUCCGCAGGGCAGCGCAAUUAGCGCCUAAUAACUAUCCUAGCCAGUCAAGCUGUGGUGCACUGCUACGCAGUGCCCUUAUUAUGCGCUUUCUGCUUCGAGGAGAUCCCCAAGACAUUCAUGCAGGUAUCUCGAUGAGUCGUGAGACUACGACUGUUGGGCCUGGAGAGUAUGCUCAUCGUGCAUGGGCUUUAUAUCGUCUAGGCGGUCAACUGGAUUUCAAAUACGCCCAUACUGGGAAUGUAGAAUGCCUUCACAAAGAAAUCUGCGCAUGUAGCCUAGCACUAGACCUACCCCACGAAGACCAUGUCAUCCGUGCAAAGGUUUUGUCACUUCGCGGACAUUUCCUUUGGGAAUUACUUGAACACACUGGGGGCAUAUCUGAACUUGAAAUGGGUAUCGCGGAUUGCAAGCAAGCAGCCGAGAUCAUGCCUCAGGACCACCAUGACCUUCCGGAGAUCCUGCAGGGGUUGGCAAUUUUCUUCCAGAACCAGUACCAAUUUUUUAGGGAGAUGAAGUACCUGGAAGAAGCAAUCAGCACAGCCUAUCGAACGCUACGUCUUGCAUCUAUUCAUGGCCACGACAUGUCGAAAUUCUUGGGCACCCUAAGCAUCGAUCUUGAUGACGCCAUCAAAAUAGUACGCAAAUCGUUGGAAAAUGAGUCCCAGAUGCCAGAGGGUAUUUCCGCAAUUAAUCUGGAGAUUCUCGCAGGUUGUCUGAACAUCCCAUAUCUCCGAAGCAAAGAUCAAAGAGAUAUCGAGGGGGCAGAACACGCGUCACGGCAGGCACAUUUUGAAGCAACAAGGGAGCCCAAAUAUCUUGCAGGAUCAAUGCAGGCCUUUGCGCGUGCCCUAGACCGAGCAAGGAGUCCUUUUCAUACUCAAUUGUGCCUUGGCAAGCUUGCACUUCUUCUUCAAUGGCAGAAUUCCGAUGAUCAAGAUGAGGUACUAGGUCUGAGCUUACAAGUUUGGAACUCUCACGGAGCCCCUCCCUUCGGGCGAAUUAGGUCGGCAAAUCGGACAAAAGCCUACAAGCUUGUCAUAGCGGCAAUAAAUAUUCUCCCACUUGUUCACAAUCGGUCACUUACGCUUCAGGGUCAGCAAGAGGUUGUGAAGGUCUUUUCGGGUCUGGCCACAGAUGCGUUUUCCUUGGCAUUGAAAACUAAACAGCCUCCCCUUGAAGCACUCGACUUCCUUCUGAUGAAUGACCGGAGUGAUAUGGCCAAACGCUGGGAUACACAUCCGGGUUUUUCCUUAGAAGUUGAAAAUCCGCUCUAUGAGAUGCACAGCCCUACCGUGAGCCUUGGCUCUGGCAAUGCAGCCAAACACCACUCGGAUAGUCAAAGAGGCGCCCAAGGAGGCCCUGAAGCACCCCCGGAGAACAAGAGAGUCACGGAAGAAGAAGUUAAGGAAGGCGCAGCGAGGGGUAGGAUUAUUAUUGUCAACAUCACUAGUGUGGGAAGUGAAGCUCUAGUUAUAUCCUCAACUGGUCUCAAACUAAUCCAUCUUCGAGACCUUAUCUCUGAUGAAGCCAGAGAAUGGAUCAAAAAGGACAUGACGGCCACGUCAGGCAAUCGCGGUGCGAAUAACAAAGCCUACUUGCGCUUUCUCUCCUGGCUGUGGAGGGUGUGCGUCAAGCCUAUUUUCAAUGAGCUCGAAUAUAAGGUGCAUGAGUCAUCCGAAGAAAUGCCAAGGGUCUGGUGGAUUGGAAUAGGGCUGGCCAGCUCAUUUCCCUUUCAUGCGGCGGGCAAUCACCUUACAGAACCAAACGAAAGCACGAAUUCUCGAGUCCUUUCUUACACUCUAUCGUUGAGAGACCUCCUGUAUACGAGGAGUAGAGAGCCUCUGUCUGACCAGGAAAUUCAAUGCCCAAAGCUCCUUACAGUGUCUAUGGCCACUACGCCCGAGACAGUCGCCGUGACGGACAUAGUUGGGAACUAUGUUCAUGCGGAAUGCCUUAGUCAACCCGAUGCUGACACAGUCAAAAGACGACUCUCAGGUUGUUAUAUUGCCCACUUCGCCUGUCACGGGGUAUCAGAGCCAAGAGAUCCAUCUCAGAGCGGACUAUUAUUCCAGACCGUCGGCGACUCUCCAGAACAGGACAGGCUUACGAUAGCCUAUCUAUCCGCAUGCUCAACCGCCGAGAACCGAUCCAAAUGGCUUGUCGACGAGGUAUUGCAUGUUGUGAGCGGGUUUCAGGUUGCUGGAUUCCGGAACAUUGUAAAGCCGUUUUAUUCUGAACUGUGUCGUGGUGGAAAGGUGGAGUGUAACGACGGUGCUGUUUCAUUGGCACUUCACAAGGCCGUCCUGAAGAUUUCAAGGAGUCCCCAGUACCGUAAGCGGCCUUUGCAUUGGGCACAGUAG